AAAUUGUUGACGUGGUUUGUGUGGGUGAGUGUUGUUGUCGUGUCAAUUUGUCAAAUUGCAACCCCGAAGACCGCGAGCUGAAGAGAUUUUCCGUAGGAUUAGUGCUGGAAGAUUGUGUGAGAGAGAGUGUAUAUAAAAUUGCAGCCAUGGCUGAGCAAAUUAUUGACAAUAUUAAAAAUGCGUUCCGUGGCAUAUUGGAGAACACGAAUGAGAAUGAAAAUGUAAAAAAUGAAACCAUUACAAAUGAAAAGAAAAUAUCCACACCGGAGGGUAUUGCUGUAGCGUAUGGCAGUUUGGUCAUAAUGGCAAUGCUGCCCAUUAUCUUUGGCUCCAUACGUUCCGUCAAGUUGCACAAACAAAAAAAGGCGAGUGGCGAGAAGGCAGAUACAAUGACCAAAAAGGAUGCCAUGUACUUUCCGCUUAUUGCCUCUAUGGCGCUCUUUGGUCUCUACAUGUUUUUCAAGGUCUUCCAAAAGGUGCACAUCAACUUGUUGCUCACCGGCUAUUUCUUUAUACUCGGUGUCAUCGCUUUGGCGCAUCUGCUGAGCCCGGUGCUGAAUUCACUGAUGCCGGCAGCCGUACCAAAGAUACCAUUCCAUAUACAUUUCACCCAGGGCGAGGGCAAGCACAAAGAGGAUAUAAUUAACUACAAGUUCUCCACCCAUGAUAUUGUGUGUCUAGUCAUCUCAUCGGCCAUCGGCGUUUGGUAUCUACUCAAGAAACAUUGGAUUGCCAACAAUCUGUUUGGUUUGGCGUUUGCCAUCAACGGCGUCGAAAUGUUGCACUUGAACAAUUUUAUUACCGGCGUCAUUCUGCUCAGUGGACUGUUCUUCUAUGACAUAUUCUGGGUGUUUGGCACCAAUGUCAUGGUCACCGUGGCCAAGAGCUUUGAGGCACCCAUCAAGCUAGUUUUUCCCCAGGACUUAUUGGACAAUGGCUUGAAUGCCUCCAACUUUGCCAUGCUGGGUCUGGGAGAUAUUGUUAUUCCUGGCAUAUUCAUUGCCUUGCUGCUGCGAUUUGAUGACAGCAAGAAGCGCAAGACGCGAAUUUAUUUCUACUCCACGCUUGUGGCCUACUUCCUGGGUCUCAUGGCUACCAUCUUCGUGAUGCAUGUCUUUAAGCACGCACAGCCUGCAUUGCUCUACCUAGUGCCUGCUUGCAUGGGAACCCCCUUGUUAGUGGCUUUAGUGCGUGGCGAACUCAAGGUGCUCUUUGCCUAUGAGGAUCAUCCUGAGGAGAAACCUGAGAAGAAGGAGAAAAAGGAAAAGGAUGAGAGUAGCCACAGCAGCAGUAGCAAUAAGAAAAAGGAGUCUAAGAAGGCAAAAUAGAUCCACUUCUUUCCAAAGCAACACCUCUCAAUGGCUUCUAAAUAGAGAGAGGCACAAAAUACGCAUUUUGUUAACGCUUGAACAUCCUUAUUUGGCUUCCGUUUGCCAGCCACUGGAAAAUUCUAUAAAAGACCAUUCUGAUUCUGUUGAUCUAGGCAAUGUUCCUUGGCCAAGGCACAAAAACCCUAUCGAUUAGGCUUAUACUUAAAUUUAGCUUGCAAAUCUUUUUUACCAGACUUUAAUGUGCAUAAGUUUAUUUAACUGAAUAAAAUAACAAAUUUACGU